UUUGAAUCUCCAUCUCUAAAAAUGGAAGAAUUCUUACAACAAUGUAAACUAUCUGGAGAUUCAGCAUACAAUGCAUUCAAAUCUCUACUUGAAAACCUUGAAAAUCCUAGCACAAGAAUUGAAGCACGAGUAUUCUUAACUAAACUUCAAAACCAUUUUGAUUCCAAGCAAUCUCUUGAUCAGUGUUUUGAUUCCUUCCAUUUCCGUAUCCAUGACAUUCCUCUUGAAGAUAAAACAUUAAAGAUGAUGGAAAUCCCAAGUAUAUUUAUACCAGAAGAUUGGUCAUAUACGUUUUAUGAAGGAUUAAAUAGGCAUCCUGAUUCCAUUUUUAAAGAUAGAAGUGUUGCUGAACUUGGUUGUGGCAAUGGUUGGAUUUCUAUUGCUCUUGCUCAAAAGUGGUCACCUUCAAAGGUAUAUGGGCUUGAUAUUAAUCCAAGAGCAAUAAAAGUUGCAAGAAUCAAUUUAUACUUAAAUGCACUUGAUGAGAAUGGUCAACUUAUUUAUGAUGAAGAGAAGAAAUCUUUACUUGAUAGAGUUGAGUUUCAUGAAUCUGAUCUUCUUUCUUAUUGCCGAGAUCAUAACAUACAACUCGAACGAAUUGUUGGUUGCAUUCCUCAGAUUCUAAAUCCUAAUCCAGAGGCAAUGUCAAAAUUGGUUACUGAAAAUGCGAGCGAGGAAUUCUUAUAUUCGCUAAGCAACUACUGUGCGCAUCAGGGGUUUGUUGAGGAUCAGUUUGGAUUAGGUUUAGUUGCUAAGGCUGUUGAGGAAGGAAUUUCUGUUAUUAAACCUAUGGGAAUCAUGAUAUUUAAUAUUGGAGGCCGUCCAGGGCAAGCUGUCUGUAAGCGCUUGUUUGAGCGCCGUGGCUUCCAAGUUACAGAGCUUUGGCAGACAAAAGUUAUUCAGGCUGCAGAUACUGACAUUUCGGCCUUAGUUGAAAUCGAAGCGAACAGUCACCACUGCUUUGAGUUCUUCAUGGGUCUUGUUGGUGAUCAGCCUAUCUGUGCACGAACAGCCUGGGCCUAUGGGAAGGCUGGUGGUCAUAUCUCUCAUGCAUUAUCCGUCUACAGCUGUCAACUUCGUCAACCAAAUCAGGUCAAGAGCAUAUUCGACUUUCUUAAAAAUGGCUUUCAAGAGAUCAGCAGUUCAUUGGAUUUAUCAUUUGAUGAUGAUGCUGUUGCUGAUGAGAAAAUUCCUUUCCUAGCAUAUCUCGCCCGUGCUCUGGAAGAGAACUCAUUUUUCCAGUAUGAGCCUCCAGCUGGAAGCACCCAGUUCCGUAGUCUUAUUGCAGGAUUUCUUAAAGUAUACCAUCAUAUUCCUCUUGCCAGUGAUAAUGUUGUCGUAUUUCCUUCAAGAGCUGUUGCGAUUGAAAAUUCCCUUCGGUUGUUCUCACCACGUCUUGCUAUUGUUGAUGAACAUUUGACGAGACACCUACCUAAGCAAUGGUUGACAUCUUUGGCAAUCAAGGAAGGUACAGAUGAUAAGCAUCCUGAGAAUGUGAUUACAGUCAUUGACGCCCCACGCCAAUCCGAUCUCAUGAUAGAGUUGGUAAAGAAGCUAAAACCACAAGUUGUGAUUACAGGGAUGGCUCAGUUUGAGUCGGUCACCAGUUCAGCUUUUGGCCACCUUCUAGACACAACCAGAGAUAUUGGUUCCCGCAUUUUCAUAGACAUAUCUGAUCACUUUGAGCUAUCAAGUUUGCCUUGUUCAAUUGGAGUCCUGAAAUAUUUAGCAGGAAAUACUCUUCCCCCGCAUGCAGCUAUCAUAUGUGGACUGGUUAAGAAUCAGGUUUAUUCAGAUCUUGAGGUUGCUUUUAUAAUUUCAGAAGAGAAAACCAUAUUUAAGGCAUUGGGAAAGACUAUUGAGCUACUAGAGGGCCGCACAGCUCUGUUUAGCCAAUACUACUAUGGUUGUCUAUUCCACGAGCUUUUAGCAUUUCAGCUUGCUGAUCGCCAUCCACCUGCACAGAGGGAUUGUACAAAGAUUAAACCUGAGAUGAUUGGAUUUUCAAGUGCUGCUACUUCAGCAUUUAGUCACGCAGAGCUAUCUGUUCAUGAGAUGGAAAACCUUUCAUCGGUUCACAUGGAUGUAGACCAAAGCUUCCUGCCAAUACCUACACCAGUCAAGGCGGCCAUCUUUGAGAGUUUCGCAAGACAAAACAUGAUAGAGUCCGAAACUGAUAUGAAGACUAGCAUCCGGAAAUUUAUUAAGACCAAAUAUGGGUUUCCAACUGAUAAGUCAACUGAAAUAAUUAAUGCGGACUCUCCGUUAGCUCUUUUCAACAAGCUUGUACUCUGUUGCAUCCAAGAAGGGGGCACCAUUUUCUUCCCAGCUGGUUCAAAUGGGAACUAUGUAUCCGCUGCUAAAUUUAUGAAUGCAAAUAUUGUGAAAAUCCCUACCCACUUGGAAACAGGAUUUAAGCUUACUGAAAAGACUCUUGAAUGCUCACUCUCAACUGUAGAUAAGCCGUGGGUGUACCUUUCCGGUCCAACAAUCAACCCAACUGGCUUGCUAUAUUCCAGUGAGGAGAUCCGUGGAAUAUUGUCAGUCUGUGCUAAGUUUGGGGCUAGAGUGGUGAUUGAUACUUCUUUCUCAGGUUUGGAGUUUGACACAGGCGAUUGGGGUGGCUGGAACAUGGAGGAGAUCCUGUUAGGAUUGAGUUUCUCAGGUGGCUCCACCUUUUGUGUCUCUCUUCUAGGAGGCCUAUCUUAUGAGAUACUCGCUGGAGGGAUCGCAUUUGGGUUUUUGGUGUUAAACCAGCCUCACUUGGUUGAAACAUUCUAUACCUUCCAUGGGUUAAGCAAGCCUCAUAAAACUGCUAAAUAUGCAAUCAAGAGAUUGUUGGGUCUCCAUGAGCAGAACGCAGUGACCCUAUUGGAGGCUCUCAAGGAGCAUAAAGAGACCCUGAGAAGGCAAUCUAAUCGCUUAAGAGAGACACUCCAAAAAUGUGGAUGGGAAGUCCUGGGAAGCUGCGCUGGUGUGUCUAUGGUGGCGAAACCAUCUGCUAGUCUUGGCAAAAAGUUGAAGCUCACUAAUGGAACUUUGAAAGGAAAUGUACCCGCCAAAAGUUAUGAAGUAAAACUGGACGACUCUAAUAUCAGGGAAGCCAUCCUUAAGGCCACCGGGUUAUGCAUCAAUAGUGGUCUGUGGACCGGAAUAACUAGCUACUGUCGGUUUACAUUUGGCAUGGAGACUACUGAAUUUGAUAAGGCACUGGAAUGUAUUGUCAGAUUCAAUGAGCUUAUUGACAGUUCAACACUAUAG